AUGGAGAGGGCAAGAGAUGCCAAAGAUAGUAAUGCUAGAUUUCGAGAUGAAAAACAUCAAGAUCAAAUUAGCAGAAGAAUGGGAGAUGAUUGUAAGAAUUGGCAGGAAAGAGCGAAAAAUACGUACUGGUCUAAUUUUAAAACAAUUUGUUUCUUACAGAUUCUCUCAGAAGGUUUCAAUGAGCAGCUUGUUGUUCCUGAGAAGUUUGUUAACAAACUGAGAGGGAAGUUAGAAAGUUCUGUUGCACUUAUAGGUCCUAGUGGUGCAAUAUGGAAUGUCGGACUAACAGCACGGGGAGAGGAGUUGUACUUUGAUCAUGGGUGGAAAGAGUUUGUUGAAGAACAUUCCCUCCGGGAAAAUGACAUUUUACUAUUUAAAUACAAAAGAAGUUCACAACUUAAGGUGAAAAUAUUUGAUCGCGAGAGCCAAUGUGAAAAUGAAUAUUCAUAUUUUGUAAGAAAAUGUGAACACCGAAUGCAUAGUAGUGGAGGUAAUAAGACCGAGAGUAACCCUACUCUCGCUCUAGCUGUCGUUCCCCCUCCAGCUCCAACUCCAACUCCAGUUCCAACUCCAACUCCAACUCCAACUCCAACUCCAACUCCAGCUCCAGCUCCAGUUCCAACUACAACUACUAGCCAUCAUGAGACAAGUAGCGGAUCCUCAUCAGUUAUAUUCGUUGGAGCCACAAUGUGGUCACCUCCUUCAGAGAGAAUUACACAGCGGCAAGCAUCUGGCGAACAAGCUACUCCACCAAAGAGGAAGAGAAAAAUUAGACGAGAACAAAUUGAACUAGUGGUGCGAAUCAAGAGUGAUGUGGAUGGACUCGAGGCCCGAGCACUGCGAGGUGAACGUAGCACUGCUACCUCAUCACGCUCUCUGCUGAAAUCAAACAGGAGGCCUGUGACGGAAGAGGAGAAACGCAAGGCCAUACAAAUGGCAAAUGCAGCAGUUUCCCCUACCGGUUUCACAGUAAAAAUGGCUCCUGGCUAUGUGUACAGGAGAUUCGAGAUGACUAUCCCUGGUGAUUGGGCGAAGGCAUAUCUUCCUGCAAUUAAGAGAAACUUUGAUUUGCCUCUGCGUGUUAAGGAUAAAACAUGGAUAGCCAGAUGCUACCAGAGAACAAAUUUUGGGCGCAGAACUAUACUGUCUGGCAAGGGCUAUCGAAGCUUCGUCCUUGAAAACCAAAUUGAAGAAUUUGAUGUGUGUGUCUUCGAGAUGGAGCGUAAAGAUGAUAGUGGUAAAGAUAUUUCUUUCAACGUCAGCAUCUUCCGAGUUGUGGAGGAUGCCAUUCCACCUUCUCUGGUUCGCCCAUCUUGA